AUGAGUCUUGAACAGCUUAGCCGGUAUGCGCCAGAAAUACUUGAGCUCUUACCAGAAGAUAGAGAGAAAAGGCGUCAGGCUCGUGAUCAUCUUCAAAAAGGGUACAACUUUAGCAAAGAACAAGCAUUUGCGUUGGUACCUUCUCAAAGAACUGGUCGAACUAAAAAUCAAGUAGUCUCCAAAGAAGGAGUAUCGGAAGCAGAAGUGAAUAUAUGCUGUACUAAAAGCGCCUGCCAAGUAUCAGAUAUUAUCCCAGAAGGAGAAAUUAUUAAAGAAACGGCUCAGCGUAUUAUGCGGGAUAGCCUUGGUGAAAAAGAAGUAAAACUUAUAGCUAAAGCAUUAGCCGAGACAUCCCCUAAUCCGGUUGCCUGCACAUCUAGUCUCAGUAGGCUCCGAAAGGAAUUGCGGAAGCUUAAUGCCCCAAAGGCAAUAAUCGAAGCUACGAAGAUUCCAGGGAUAACCACUUUAUCAAAUAAAAUCCAAAAGGAGAAGAGUUUAUUAUGCGAAGAUGAAGGAAUUCAUUAUCCGGACAACUUCUCGUUAGAAUCGGUUAAGGAGAGAUUGGAUUCGUAUGAUGUAUCUAAUACACCCGACAAACAGGCCCUAGCUGAUGUAAUGAUUAUGCUUUGUAUCCGUCCAGCUGAAAUUAAAGAUUUGCGUAUAUCUAAUGGAGGUGUAACAGGAUAUGUAAAAAACCGAGAUCAACAGGAUAUUCCUCGAGUGUUUAGAUCACUUGAAAAGAAUGAGGAACGGGCAAAGCAAUUGCUUACAUGGAUUCAGGAAGCAAUAUCUUCCGGACAAUUAGGAGACCCAGGGACGACUAGAACUGGAAUCUUGAGUAGGUUUCUGAAAAAAGCUGAAUUUCUUCCUGAAACUGGUAAGCCCUUACUUCCUAGUUCCUUACGUAAUUUAGGAGCUGUAUUUGCGGUUGUAGCGAGUGGGGUUAGGAAUCUAUCGAAAGCUAAUACUAUUGCUAGUCAAGCACUUCGACAUAGUCCUAAAAAUAACACUGCGCCAUCGCAGAGGUAUACUAUAGUAAAUUACAGACCUCGUGGAAUGCCUUACGAUCAAGCAAACCAAUUCAUGUUAUUCGAUGAAAACUAA